GUCCAUUAUUUGUAAUUGUCAAUAUUGUUAAUAAAGUUAAGCACACACAAAAGAAAUUCUAUUAAUAUUAGAGUAUUAUGGUUUCACUACAACUGAAGCCGAAUUUUCUCGCCCCAGAUGUCGAUGAAGUAGGGUCCAAAAGGGAUGAUUAUGUUACUACUAGUGAAACGGAUUCUUGUUUUGUAUUCAAUGCGAACCAUACUUUGCCAAUAAUUGAACAGCAAAAACGUCUUCCUAUUUAUAAAUACCGCCGAGAUAUUUUAUAUUGUUUGGAAAAAAAUCAGGUUUUGAUAUUAGUUGGCGAAACUGGUAGCGGAAAAAGCACUCAACUUCCACAGUAUCUUUACGAAUUGGGUUGGCAUACAAAGGGCGAAAUCGGUUUAACACAGCCACGUCGAAUAUCCGCCAUAACAUUGGCAAACCGUGUGGCGCUGGAGCGAGGGGAAGCCAUUGGCGAUACUGUGGGAUUUGUGGUAAAGUUUUUGGAGAAACGUUCCGAUGCUACCGCCAUAAAGUACAUGACAGAGGGCAUCCUAUUGCGUGAACUUCUAACAGAUCCUUUACUUAUGCGCUAUAGCGUUAUUGUAAUUGAUGAAGCACAUGAACGCAAUUUAAUAACGGACAUCAUUAUUGGUUUAUUAAAGAAAAUCGUUAGCAAGCGGCCUGCACUCAAACUGGUUAUUUCAUCAGCCACCAUUGACGCCGAUGAUUUCGCCAAUUUCUUCAAAGCAAAUUCUAGCAUAGUUUUGGCUGUUGAAGGCAGAACACAUCCAGUUAGCAUAUUCUAUAUAAGUAACCCCUGUGCUGACUAUGUAAACGAAGCUGUUGAAACAGUUUGGAAGAUUCAUAAAAAGGAAGGGCCAGGUGAUAUUCUGGUAUUCCUAACAGGACAAGAAGAAGUGUUGCAAGCUGUUAGUCUAACAAAAGACUAUAUGAGUUCCAAGGACGACAGCACGCUGCAACCUGUGCCAAUGUAUGGUUCACUAACGCAUAGGGAACAAUUGAAGGUAUUCUUCGCAGCGGAAAAAGGCCUACGCAAAGUUGUAUUCGCAACAAAUAUCGCCGAGACAUCGAUCACUAUACCAGGUGUUGUUUAUGUUGUUGAUUGCGGUUUUAUUAAAAUAAAAUGGUUCGAUUCGGACAGCGCAACAGAUCAGUUGGUCGUGGUGCCCAUCAGCAAAGCUACAGCUAUGCAAAGAGCUGGUCGUGCUGGUCGUACACGACCUGGAAAGGUGUAUCGUCUUUAUACUGAGGAAGAUUUUGAAAAAUUACCCGAUCGAUUUCCGCCUGAGAUACGUCGAUGUGAACUGAGUGCAAUGAUACUGAAUUUAAAGGCGCUUGGAAUCACUAAUAUAUUGAAAUUCAAUUUCCCCUCGCCGCCACCCGCCAAAAAUGUAUUGGCCGCGUUAGAAACGCUUCACGCUCUAGGAGCCAUCGAUAGUGAUGGAAAUCUCACAAAGCCUCUUGGUUACUUCAUGGCCGAAAUGCCGCUGCCACCAAUGCUCAGUCGCAUGCUUUACAUGUCCAGUUCUAUGAGUUGUUCCGAAGAGAUUCUCACAAUCAUCGCCAUGCUUCAAGUGGAGACCGUGUUUGCCCAUCCAGCCACCGGACAAGGUCAGAUCAAGGCACGCGUUGCCAAACGGCAUUUCGAAGUGGCCGAAGGUGACUUAAUUACUAUGCUAAAUGUUUUCACUGCAUUUGUUGAAAACGAGCAGAGCAAACAGUUUUGUCGAACAUAUUAUUUGAACUACCGAAAUCUCAACUGCGCAUAUGAAUUGCGUGAGCAGCUUGUAAAGCUUACUAAGAAGCAUUUAAAUAUACCCUUGAAAUCAUGUCAGGGAAAUGUAGAGACGAUAUGUAAAUGCAUAACAUCAGCAUUUUUCCUCAAUGCCGGAUAUCUACAUUAUACGGGUGUCUACAAAAGAAUACAAGGAGGCUUGGACCUGUUCAUACAUCCACUUUCAUCGUUGUACACAUUACCACAACCACAAUAUAUUCUUUUCACUGAAUUAGUGCAUACGACAAAACUUUAUAUGAGCAAUAUAACUGUUAUUCGGGAAGAAUGGUUGGCAGAACUGUCAUCGCAUUACUAUUGUAAAACAUCUGGAUAAAAGAAAUAUAUAAAUGAAUCACAAAGAAAUAUGAAUA